AUGCGACCAAAGACAAAGGGUAACAGUACAAGCAGACAUAAUAGUAUUCACCGUAGACAAGACAAUGCUACGGUUUGUCCUAGUUCAUUCCAUUUGAUACACGGAAAAUGUAUUCAAUACAACAACAAUAAAAUACCAUGGUCUGGUGCAAGAUCCAACUGUAGAGGAAAGGGAGGCGAUCUCAUUAGUAUAACAUCACAAGCUUUGUACCAAGAACUUAAAACCUACUGUGAACGUAGCAACAGAUUGUCGGAUCGUGUAUUAUGGGUUGGUGCUGAGGAAAAAGGCACUGGCACCUUCCAAUGGCUGAAUGGUAAGUCAUGCUGCGGGGAUUGGUGGGCUCCGAACGAACCUAACGGUCAUGGUAGAGAACGGUGUGUUCAUUAUGUUGACAGAAGUGAUGGCAAAGGUGCUGCUUUAAGCGAUGGAAACUGCGGUGUGUCGUGGGCGUUUGUUUGCGAAUCACCAGGAAUGUGUUCAUUUGAUCAUCAUGCAUGUUGGCCGGGAACCUGUUCUGAUGAACUAACAUCAAGCUGUGCAUGUGCACCAGGAUUCCAGCGUGUAAAAGAUUCAAGUCAGACAGUGUGUCAACUGAAAGACGCUUCCGCUCCAUCUAUUAAUACGUGUCAAACAGUAAUUGGUGGAGCAAACGGCGAGGCUAAACGAACUGCGCCUGGAAAAUGUCAGGAGCUGAACGACUUCUUUGGAAAUUUUCAACCAACCUCUGUUGGUUUUUAUAUGCAGUCAGAUUUUAUUUUAGACGUCACCAAAUACAGCAGUAGCAGACCUAAGUUUAUCAAGGAAGAGAAGUUCGGAAUUACAGAUACCACAUUAUAUAUUAAACGAGUUCAAAUAGAUGGUACACAACAAACACUUGGUACAUUCAAGCAAAAGAUUGCCACAAGUCAAAGUACAAAUGUCAAAACCACAGUAGCUCAUAAGAACAACUACACAUUGUCUCAACCUAACUACAAGCUCACAAACGGAGAUAGGUUGUGUGUUCAGUUUGAGGCCCGUGGUGGAGGAUACGUAAAGAGAAAUGACUUCCGUACUCAAACAGUGAAAACCCCGUUACCGUACCAGAAGACUUCAACAACGGAAACAGUUUGCUACCGAUAUGAUGAUGCCAAACCUCAACACUGUCUGGUGACCAGAACGUGUUCUUUUGGAGAAAAAGAGCCUAUUCAGAUAUCACAUAGAGUUACAAGAACAUCAAUAAUACCUGUAUCAUUUUCUGGUUGGAAAGAUCCCAUACCAGUUGGAGGAAACACUUCACACGCAUCCGACAUAGAAUCGUGCGAAAUUACUGUAAACGAAGUGAACAACGGCAUAGUCGAUUCAAGGAAAGUUUUCAGCCGUAAAAUGAACCACACCCAAACUACUUUAAUAUUAAACCUGACGUCAGACUCACCGAGGCUCUACUCAGUCAAUUUAGAAGUGAAAGAUGUUGCGGACAAUGUUCGACAGGCUCGUCGUUUUGUUCUAUACGACAGUACUACCAACAUUACAUCAAGGUCAGAUAAACCAUUUACCGUAUCAUCCGCAUCCAUGGCUUCACAUUACACGUGGCAGACACAUCAUAACGACAUCUGUCUUAACUGGAAGGAUCAUUUUUAUAACCAGUUUUACAUGGAUAAUUUACUUCUUGGAAAAAUAAAUCCUGCCGCUCAUGGACUCAUUACGGGAAUAUAUGAACAGCAGACAGGUCUCUUAUCGGUUAGUGGUACCUCAAACGUGCAUGGUAUCGUACAAUUCAAAUUUUCAUGGAGCUUAGAUGGGGUUUUAUCUCCUGUCAUUGUGGUACCAAAGUUGUUUGAUCAGUCGUACUGCCAUUCACUUCAUCUGAAAGAUGGUCAGACAUACAUCCUCAAUAUUGAGGCGAUUGAUAUUGUUAACAACACUCUUUCCGAAAACAGGACAGUCUUUAUCGACAGAUCUGUUCCGCAUAUAAACAAUAUUUGGCUGAUGAAAAACGGAAUAAAACGCCUCUACAUACAUGAUGACAUCGAUCUGUCCGCAAUGAAUAUGACCUUUGAGGCUUUGGAUCCACACAGUGGUCUGUUAAAUAUUGAGUGGACAUUCAAAACUAUGGACACUGGACAUGAAUUAGGUUCCGGUGUAACUGGCAUUGCAUUGCUGGAGAAGGAACACUGUCCAAAGAAUCCUAGCGACAGUUGCUAUUGCCCGAAUGUGGGUAAAUGUGAAAUUUUCAAUACAGCAUUCCGUUAA